CUUGGCUAGGUGUUGGCCAAUGAAAUUUAAACACAUGUCUUGUCCUCUAUAAAUUAAGUGUUUUUGUCGCACAACAUCAUUGAUACCUGAUCAUACACUGAAGACCCGAAUUCAAUUCCUCAGCUCUUGAGACACGUGCAGUUACCAUGAAUACCUAUAUCCUCCUUGUAUUGUUUGCCGCCGGUUUAGUAGCUGUGUCCGCCAAUGGUGAAAAGGUCCCCGUCGUAGCCACUGAAAAAGAGUUGGCAGACUUUUCGGAACACGACUUGGACGAAUUUCUGGAGGAUAUGUCUGAGGAUUUCACUGACUUCGAAACCGGCGACAUACACCCAGGCGUAAUGUCUAAGGAUGACGCUGACUUCGAAACCGGCGACAUACACCCGGGAGUUAUGUCUAAGGAUGACGCUGACUUCCAAAGCGACGACGUACACCCAGACGUAAUGUCUAAGGAUGACGCUGACUUCCAAACCGACGACCUACACCCUGGGUUUAUGUCUAAUGAUGACGCUGACUUCGAGACAGGGAAUUAAGAAGAAUCGAAUGAAGACUUUAAAUAUUAAAUUUCGUUUUAAUUAUUCAAAAUAAAACAUGAAAUAAAAAGUUUACUGCUGCAA